AUGCAAGUGCAGCAGCCAUCCGAACAGCAUUGCUUCGACCAGCACUGCGGACUGUGCACAUUUGAGCUGGGGGACGACGAGCCCAUCAUAGCAACCAAUGUUCUGGGCACCAGAUUUGCGCGGCUGACGAAACCGCGCAGUGAGUAUUGUGACUGGAACUGCAACCAUCCACACAACAUAGCAGCGGCAUUCCACGAAUCCUGCCUGGCCUACGCUGGCCCGUUCUUCUUACCCAUCGAGGAGUUGGGCCGCAUGAUCCGCCACAGCCUGAUCCCUGAACUUGGCGCCAGCCUCGCCAACCCUGCGCUGAUGGAAGAAUUCGCCGCUCGGUAUGUCAUGGAGCACACACCGUUCCCACUGGAGGUAUGCCAGCGGAUCGCGCCGUACCUGGUGCGGCCGUGCAGCGUUGCAGCAACGCUCUCCGUGAGAGGUGGCAAGCCGCGGAAAACUACCGUCUCGCUCCUUGGCGAAAUUUGGGUACAGUUCGUCAAGGUCCAUGGCGCGCCGUACGUCGCCUUCGUCGCCAACACGCCCGCACCCGCCUCGUACUUUGCCGGUACAGCUGUGCUCGUGUACCGACCCUGGCAGCAUGAUUGCGUGGUUCGCAUCAUGCAUGAUCCGUGGGGUGUGCGAAGGAUAGUGUUCAUGCGUGAAAACAGCAAACUUUCCGUUUCGGAGCGAAAAAACAUAUGGUGGGAGAAUCUGCGGCUGCCGACGACCUCCGAAAGCCAAGAGCUGACCAUUUUCAGCGAUGAGGUCAAGCUGCGCAGGAUGUGGCGCGACAACUUCAUGCUCCUCGCCGCGGGGAGCGGUGGACACACACUUGUACAUGCCGCUCCAUCCCGGGGAAUGGGUCAAGGUCGUCUGGGCCCGGGGUACAAGAGGUCAAACAUCAACAAUACUGGCACUGAAAGCUUCUUCUAA